UUUUUUUUUUUCCUUUUUCCUAUUCUUCUUUUUUUUUCUUUUUCUUAUGAUGUUAGGACGUGGAGGAACAAAUAUGGAUGGGGAUCCAGAUUGUACAGAAAUAUUAGAAGAUAAUUCUCGUAGUAUCUUGAUGGGUAUUAUUAGUCAAUUAAGAAAAGAUAUGGAUUUACAGAAAGUGACUUUACCUACAUUUGUACUUGAACCAAGAUCCAUGUUAGAAAGAGUUACUGACUUUAUGAGUCAUCCUGAUUUAUUAAUAGAAGCUAGUACAAAAACAGAUUCUUUAAUUCGAUUUUUGGAUGUUGUAAAAUAUUUCUUAUCUGGUUGGCAUAUAAAACCCAAGGGAGUAAAAAAGCCUUAUAAUCCUGUACUUGGUGAAAUAUUUAGGUGUAAAUACAUGUAUCAUAAUGGAACAGAAGCUAUUUAUAUUGCAGAACAAGUAUCUCAUCAUCCGCCGAUUUCUGCUUUCUAUUAUGGAAGUCCUGAUAAUAGCGUUUAUAUUUAUGGCGAUCUUCGUCCAAAAUCCAAGUUUCUUGGUAAUAGCGCUGCCACUUUAAUGGAAGGAGAAAAUCAUAUCAUUUUUACUCAUUUACAUAAUGAGCAUUAUGAAAUUACUAUGCCAAACGUAUAUGCCAGAGGAAUUUUAUUUGGUAAAAUGAUUCUAGAAUUAGGAGAUAGUUGUAUGGUUAGAUGUAGAACAAGUGAUUUGAUAUGUAAAUUAGAUUUUAAAACAAAGGGCUUUUUUUCAGGACAAUAUAAUUCAGUAUCAGGAAAAAUUAAAAAGGAAUCAACAGAUGAAACGCUUUAUGAAAUAUCAGGUCAAUGGUCAAAUGAAAUAUAUAUUAAAAAUACAAAGACCUCGAAUACUUCUUUAUUCUUUGAUGUAAAAUCAUCUACUAUUCAUCCAAAAAUUGUUCAAAAUAUAGUAGAUCAGGAUCCUUUAGAGUCUAGAAGACUUUGGUCAAAGGUAACUGAAUCUAUUCUGAAGAAUGAUAUGGAUACAGCUACAAAAGAAAAAACAAUUAUAGAAGAGAAGCAGAGAGAAGACACGAAACAGCGUGAAAUGGAAGGGAAGAAGUUUAAUCCAACUUAUUUUAAUAGAAUAAAUGGAGAUCAAUAUGAAUUUAAAGGAAUUUCGAUUGUUGAUUAUAAAAAUAAAGAAAAAGCCAAGACUGAUUUAAAUCGUCUGAUAUUUUCAUAAUUCAGACAACCUAUCCUGAUUAUGUAAUAAACGAGAAGAACGAAGAAGACAUGUAAAUCUUUGUGUAUACACAUAUAUUUAUACAUACAUACAUGCAUGUAUAGGGAAUAGGAAUCUAUAAUAAACAUGAAUAUAGAUUGUUACCUUUUGUGUGAAAUGUAUAGAUUUUAAUAGUAUUCAACUUGCUUUAUAGACUGUCUUUCUAUUAGUUACAUGUCAUUAUUGACAACAACAAUAAAAAUCAUAUCACUUUCUCUUAUGUAUUACAUUCGGAAAGCAUAAAGCUCCACAUGAUGAAUAUCAUAUUCAAUCUUAUUGGCUAUUAGCAACAAAAGAG